AAUUCUGUUCAUUAAAUAACUAGUGGCCUUUUUAUCUUUAGUUUUUGAAUGGCUUUGAGAAUUACGGAUCGGAUUAGGAAGAGAGAGGAGGAGGAAGAGGAGGAAGAGGAGGAUGAUGAUGAUAUGAUUCUAUUUCUUUUACCAAUGCUGCAUCUGCUGGGUGAACCAAGGGAAAAAAAGCCCCGCCAUACAUCGAGGAUAAGAGGCGAGGAGGUUGUAAGGGACUUGCUGGAAGGGCACGUACAAAAUUGUCGGGUAGCAUUUAGGAUGGAGGCCCACAUCUUCAGGGCUUUGGCUAGUUUCCUUCGACGCGAGAGAUUGGUGCGUGAUACCAGACUUAGCGUUGAAGAAAAACUUGCAGCCUUUCUGUGGAUGCUGUCCCAUAAUUCCUCAUACCAGGAUAUCCAAGUACAGUUCAAGCAUAGUAAUGACACUUUCCAUAACAUCAUGAAUAACUUCUUCAACAUCGUUCCUGCACUAUCCAAGCACUUUCUGAAGCCUCCCAAUCCAGCUCAAGUACACCCAAAGAUCCGGAACAACCCAAGAUUCUUUCCUUAUUUUCAGAAUUGUCUUGGAGCUAUUGAUGGGACUCAUGUUCCCAUGAACAUUAAUGGUGACAUAGCCACACCAUUUAGAAAUAGGAAGGGAACACUCAGCCAGAACGAUGAUACACAAGGAGGGAUGCAAGAGGCUAGUAUGAUGGAGAACUUUGUUGGGAACGGGGAGGCUCAGCCCACGGUGCCUGCUGCACCAUCAACAAGUACUGAAAAUGAACCCAAGAAGCGCCGGUCAAAUGGAGAUAUUGCUGCUAUGAUGGAGAAGUACAUUGAGAUGAAGACGAAGCAGGUCGAGAGCAAGCAAAUCGCGAACAUGGAUGAGUACUCAAUCAAGAACUGCGUGGCUCGGCUAAACACAAUGGGAUUGUCACGAGAGGAUAAGGUCAAAGCCCUAAAAGUCUUUAUGAAUGCUGACAAUCGCGAGCUCUUCCUUUGCGUUGAUAUGGAUACAGCUCUCAUGUGGCUGCAAGGCGAAAUGGCUUAGGAAAGGAGAAAGACAUGACAUGAUGAUGAAGCUUUUUUUUAGAUCUUGUCGUCUGUCACAAUUUUCUUUCGAUGUCCAGCUUAUAUGAUGGGAGAUCAAGGGUGAACCAACUAAUGUUUGAUCAGAUGUCUAGCAAGUUAUUUUGAUCUGGCUAUUCUAUGCUGCGUUUUGCUAUUUAGCCGUGAAUAUAUGUCAAUAUGUGGUGUAAUAUUGGCAAAAAGACUGCUAAACUGAUGUUUGGUUCAGCCA